AUGAAUAGCAUCGGUCAGUUGGAUGCAGUGACAUUGAGGAAAGAGCGAAAUGCUUCUCGUCAUCCCCGUCUCCUCUCCCCCUCCCUUUCUCCCUCCCCACCCCCUCCCUCCCUCUCCCCCCCACCCAACCUCCUUCCCCCCUCGCCCUCCCCCUCCUUCCUAUGGCUGUUGCGCUUUCGCUCGCCCUCGCCCAAGCAGGGCGCGGUGAUUGUGGACGAGCCAAUCAUAGUGGAGGUGGCGGAGGGGUACGAAGCCCCUCAGAGAGCCUCCCACGUGGCACAGGAGGUGCAGCGGGCUGUAUCCGCGCAGUCUCCUGCCAGUUCAUUAAGUUCUAGCUUCACAGCCCCCGACAUGAAGUCUGCAGAGGGGGUAGUGGCUUCCCUUCUCGCCUCAGGCUACAUUCUAGGGAAGGACGCAGCAAGCAAGGCCAAGGACUUUGACAACAAGCAUGAGUUCACCCGUACAGCCUCUAUCCAGGUCGCUGCUCUGAAAGAACGGACGGUCGAAACUGCUGCCACACUCGACAAGAAAUACGCCAUCUCGCAAAAGUUUUCCGAGACCAAGGAGACGGUGGCACGCUCCUGGACGACGGUCGACGAGCAGUACAAAGUUUCGCAAACUGCCCGGGGGGCAGCGGCUGUAGCGGAAGCCUCGAUUUCCGAAGCCGGGCAGUAUCUGAUGAAGAACCAGUAUGUGGCUACCAGUGCCAGCUGGUUAGCUGGGGCGUUUGGGAAACUCGGCGAGAUUGUGGGAGAGGUGAAGCAGCAGACCCUGCAGAAGGUGCAUCAAGCAGAGGAGGAGCGUGGGGAGGUCCCAACCGUUUCUCUCGGUGAUGGUUCAGCCUCUGCUCCUGGCGGUUACAGUGUUGUCUCGGAUGCUGGUUUCGAUGAUGAUACACCUGGUCCUGCUGCUGGUGCUGCUGCCAGUGGCACAGGCUCAGGUGGUGGUGCAGGGCUGUCAUCUUCUGGGGCGUUGGAGGACCACGGCCCUCCUCUCUUUGCAUCAUCUGAUGCUGCUGCUGCUCCCGCUGCUGCUCCCGCUCCUGCGCCUGCCCCCACACCUGCUCCUGCCGGGUCUCUCAUGGAUGAUGUGUUCUCGCCUGGCCCUGCUGCUGCUGCUCCAGCUGUGUCUGCAUCGCCAGCAAAACUCCGAACAGAGGAGCCUCCCCUGUUUUAA